AUGGUCGUAACACUAUUACAACAACAAAAAUCAUACGAAUAUGAACAUUUACCAAAAAUAAAAUUUUCCGAAGAAAAAUCAAUCUCAAAACAAACAACAACAACAAUGGCAAUAAUAUCUAAUUUUCAAAAUUCAAUACCUACUUUAACACAAGAAUUUGAACUUCCAUCGAAACCAAUAUCAGGCUAUUGUCGUGUUAAAUUAAUUCGUUCACAAAUAUGUAAUUCUGAUCGACGUGUUUUAGCUGGAACAAAACAAUCGACAAUAAAUCAAUCAACUGUUUUAGGUCAUGAAGGUAUUGGAAUUAUUGAAGAAUUAUCAAAUAAUAAUAAACAAAAUGAUUUAAAAAUUGGUGAUUUAGUUGUUCUUGGUCCACAUUUUGUUGAAGAAAAUGAUAUUUAUUUAAAAAGAGGUUUACCAAAUCUUAGUUGUCAAAUGAAACAUAUGGGAAUUCAUAUAAAUGGAGUAUUUGCAAAUAAAAUGGAUUUUCCUGAAUAUACAUUAAAUAAAAUUAUUGGUGCAAAUGAAAUUAUUCAACAAACAACUAAUCUAAAUGAUUAUUAUGAUCAAAUGGUUUUAAUUGAACCGUUAGCUUGUGUUCAACGUGGUUAUAAAUUAUUAGAAAAACAAAAUAAUUUUAAUAUAAAAACUAUAAAGAAUGUUCUUAUUCUUGGUGCUGGUCCAAUGGGUAUUAUUCAUGCAAUACAUAUUCAAAAAAUUUAUCCUAAUUUACAUAUUACUAUAACUGAUAUUGAUCCAAUUCGACGAAAAUUAGCAAAACAUAUAAGAAAUUUAAAAAUAAAUGUUGUUGAUGAAGAUUAUUUUAAUAAUGAUAUUGAAUAUGAUUUAAUUAUUGUUGCUACAAGUAAUAGAAAAGCAAAUACUAUUGAUUCUAUUCGAUUAAUUAAAAAUAAUGGUUUUAUUCUUUUAUUUUCGGGUAUUGAUAUGAAAGAAACUGAUUCAAGACCUAUUAUAGGUGGAAUUGAUAUUGAAACUAUUCAUCGAUAUGAAUAUAGUGUUCAGUUAAUUAAUUAUAAUAUUAAACCAAAUGGAAUAAAAACUAAAUCAAUCUAUUUUAUUGGAACAUCUGGAUAUGUUAAAGAAGAUUUUCAUACAUCAAUUCAAGAAUUACAUGAUGAUUUUAUACUUGAUACACAAUUUCGUUUAUAUAAAAAUGUAAUAACAUCUAUGAUAAAUAAACUCAAUGGAUAUAUUGUACAUGAUUUAACUGGUAUAUUUCAUGAUAUUACAUAUAAUGUACCAGCAAUUAUUCCAUUAUUACAACUCUAUAAUGAAGAUGAAACAUAUACUGAUAAUAGUCAUUUUAAUGUUCAUAAUCAUCUCAAAAUUCUCAUUCGACAUUAA